AUGACGCAGCGCAGCCGGAAUUUCGAAGGUCGCAAACUUCUUUGUUGCACUUUUCAAUUCCUCGACGCGGACAAAGCAACUCAGUCCCAUUCACCGCGAACAAAGAACAAAGUCUUAAAAGGAUUGACCCAUAGUCGUUCAUUUUCUGAGAAAGCGCAGCAGCAUUACGGAGGUUCAGGCUCCGGUUUCCAAUCAUACUCGCACGACACCGACAACCAUACGCUGCACUACAACUACGUACAAUACCACGACGAGCAGCAAGACCUGUUUUGGCCCGAGCCGAUCGAACAGCAGACCACCGGCCUAGCCCAGCAAACGUGCUCCUACCGCGGCGUCCACCAUUCGCAUCCUGAGCGUCACCAUCACCAGUCUCGAUUGUCCCAAGAACGAGUGCAACACCCGCAGAACAGAUGGCGGCAGCAGAAUACUACUCAUACCAAUAAUGGCUCUGGAUCUGGCUCUGGGUCAACCAUCAAACGACGACCGGUCAAUUCAAUAACCUCAACCACUGGCACCACUACGGCGAUUGCCACAACUACACCUACUACAGGGCUCAGGCGUCUAGGCGCAACAGCAGCGCAGCCAUAUUCUUCCUCCUCUACCGACUCCGACUCCGACUCCGAGUUCAACACGGCUCUCUCCCCCGUGCUACCAUCUCCCUUACGCAUCCGCAAACCAAAUCUAUCCGCGAUGCCUCCCUCCUCUGCACACAAGCCGGUGCGGCUCCUAAUCGCAUCAAUCGGCAACCCACCACCCUACCACACGACCCGCCACUCAGCAGGCCACCUAGUCCUCAAAUCCCUAGCAACAAGGUUAAAUCUACCACCAGUAACAAAAUCCAAGAUUCUCGGGUCCGGCAGUGUAAGUAUGGGCGCCGACACCGACCGACCCGAAUACACGCUCUGGCAGAGCGGGAGCAUGAUGAACGUGUCUGGCGUGGGGACCGUCAAAGCGUGGAAACUGUUCAACAACAUCAACGGCAACACUGAUGCCAGUAACACAUCGUCAGCAAUCACCGCCCUAGUCAUUCUGCACGACGAGCUCGAAUCGCCCACGGGCACCGUCAAGCUGCGGCGCGGCGAGUCCAGUCCCAGAGGCCAUAACGGCAUCAAAUCCAUCCAGCAGUCCCUAAGGGCCGCGGGGAUGCUUGCGGCUUUGGGAAAUGAGAGAUUCAUCAAGAUUGGAAUCGGUAUCUCGCGGCCUCCGUCGCGCGACAGUCAUGAUGUUAGUGCUUGGGUUCUGGGCCAGUUGACGCAGCUCGAGCGGAGUAAAAUCGAGGCCGCGACUGAGAGUCUGGUUGCCGUGCUCGACAGCGAGAUUCGCAGGUUAGAGGGAUGA